GGGGCACCCUCUCUUUCCCCCUCCCUUCAGCCUCAGUGGCUGAUCUCGUUCUCCCUGUACGUUUUACUAUAGCUUGCAAUGUGACACUAAAAUAUACCCUCUCACACGCACAUCACACCCCAUACACACACACACGCACGCAUACAGCCACCCGCACAUACCGACACACGCUGGCACACACACACACGCAUGCACGCACGCACACACGGACCCACGCGAAGGACCGGGCAAUCCAAAGUGGAGUUGGAAAGGAGAUCUAUACGUGUGCCUCUAUUGAACCAAGCAACGGGCAAGGAACUAAAUCUGGUCCCACUCGGAACUAUUUUUUUUUAACUCCAUCCCUGUUUCUCCUGCAUCAUGCUCGGGGCUCCCAUGGCACUGGAUUUUGUCGUGCUCUUCUGCUUGGCCUCUGCAAUUGCAGCUGUAGAAGAAACCCUAAUGGACACUCGGACAGCCACAGCUGAACUAGGUUGGACAGCAAAUCCACCUUCAGGGUGGGAAGAAGUCAGUGGCUAUGAUGAGAACCUCAACACAAUCCGUACUUACCAGGUGUGCAAUGUUUUUGAACCCAACCAGAAUAACUGGCUUCUCACCACUUUUAUAAACCGACGGGGCGCACACCGCAUUUACACAGAGAUGCGCUUCACUGUGCGGGACUGUAGCAGCCUUCCCAAUGUCCCUGGCUCUUGUAAGGAAACCUUCAACCUGUAUUAUUAUGAAACAGACUCUGUCAUUGCUACCAAGAAGUCAGCCUUCUGGACAGAGGCCCCCUACCUCAAAGUGGACACUAUUGCUGCAGAUGAGAGCUUCUCUCAGGUGGACUUUGGUGGUAGACUGAUGAAAGUGAACACGGAGGUGCGGAGCUUUGGACCUCUCAAUCGCAAUGGCUUUUACCUUGCCUUUCAGGAUUAUGGGGCAUGCAUGUCGCUGCUGUCAGUAAGGGUCUUCUUUAAGAAAUGCCCUAGUGUGGUGCAAAACUUUGCCAUUUUCCCAGAGACCAUGACAGGAGCGGAAAGUACUUCUUUGGUGAUUGCGCGAGGUACAUGCAUUCCCAAUGCUGAGGAGGUGGAUGUGCCCAUUAAAUUGUACUGCAAUGGAGAUGGGGAAUGGAUGGUUCCCAUUGGCCGCUGUACCUGCAAGGCUGGAUAUGAGCCUGAGAACAAUGUGGCCUGCAAAGCGUGCCCAGCAGGGAUGUUCAAGGCAAAUCAAGGUGCAGGUAUCUGCACUCAGUGUCCCUCCUACAGUCGUUCUACUUCAGAAGCUGCCCCCAUCUGCACUUGUCGCAAUGGGUACUACCGUGCCGACUCGGAUCCACCGGAAAUUGCAUGCACCAGUGUUCCUUCAGGGCCUCGCAAUGUGAUCUCCAUUGUCAAUGAAACAUCGAUUAUACUAGAAUGGCAUCCACCUCGGGAGACAGGCGGACGUGAUGAUGUGACCUACAACAUUGUUUGCAAGAAGUGUCGCUCUGAUCGCCGUAGCUGCUCCCGCUGUGAUGAUAAUGUGGAGUUUGUGCCAAGGCAGCUGGGCCUCACAGAAACCCGAGUAUUCAUCAGCAGUCUGUGGGCCCAUACACCAUAUACCUUUGAGAUCCAAGCAGUCAAUGGAGUCUCCAACAAAAGCCCUUUCCCACCACAGCAUGUUUCAGUGAACAUCACCACAAACCAAGCUGCUCCCUCCACAGUUCCCAUCAUGCACCAGGUAAGUGCCUCCAUGAGGAGCAUCACACUGUCAUGGCCUCAACCGGAACAGCCCAAUGGCAUCAUCCUGGACUAUGAGAUCCGUUACUAUGAGAAGGUGAGCCGGAUCUGCAUCCCCGAGAUUAGCAGCACUUUGGGCUCAAGACCAGCCACCGACCACAGUGAGUACAACUCGUCCAUGGCCAAGAGCCAGACCAACACGGCACGAAUCGAUGGGCUUCGGCCAGGGAUGGUGUAUGUGGUACAGGUGCGGGCUCGGACAGUGGCUGGCUAUGGGAAAUACAGUGGGAAAAUGUGCUUCCAAACUCUAACGGAUGAUGACUACAAGUCAGAACUGAGAGAGCAACUGCCGUUGAUUGCUGGGUCUGCAGCUGCAGGAGUUGUCUUUAUUGUCUCCUUAGUAGCUAUUUCAAUUGUUUGCAGCAGGAAGCGAGCUUACAGUAAAGAGGCGGUGUACAGUGAUAAACUGCAGCACUACAGCACCGGUCGAGGCCUUCCUGACUGCAAGUAUGAAAGGACAAUGACAAUGUUAAGAAUAUGGGAGGAGUUGGCUGAAGUAGGCUCCCCAGGAAUGAAGAUCUACAUUGACCCUUUUACCUACGAGGAUCCCAAUGAAGCUGUUCGUGAGUUUGCCAAAGAAAUAGACGUGUCUUUCGUGAAGAUUGAAGAAGUCAUUGGAGCAGGGGAGUUUGGUGAAGUAUAUAAAGGGCGCCUGAAACUGCCUGGAAAGAGAGAAAUCUACGUGGCUAUUAAGACAUUAAAGGCCGGCUACUCAGAGAAGCAGCGGCGGGAUUUCUUGAGCGAGGCCAGCAUCAUGGGUCAGUUUGACCAUCCAAACAUCAUUCGGCUAGAGGGAGUGGUCACCAAAAGCCGACCAGUGAUGAUUAUCACAGAAUUUAUGGAAAAUGGAGCAUUGGACUCCUUCCUGCGACAAAAUGAUGGGCAGUUCACGGUCAUCCAGUUAGUGGGAAUGCUACGAGGGAUUGCAGCUGGUAUGAAGUACCUUGCAGAAAUGAAUUACGUCCACCGAGAUCUUGCAGCCAGGAAUAUAUUGGUAAACAGUAACUUGGUCUGCAAAGUGUCUGAUUUUGGACUUUCACGCUACCUACAAGAUGACACCUCAGAUCCAACCUAUACCAGCUCAUUGGGUGGAAAGAUUCCAGUCAGGUGGACAGCUCCAGAGGCCAUUGCCUAUCGCAAGUUCACUUCUGCCAGUGAUGUAUGGAGUUAUGGCAUUGUCAUGUGGGAAGUAAUGUCCUUCGGGGAAAGACCUUACUGGGACAUGUCUAAUCAAGAUGUAAUUAAUGCAAUUGAGCAAGACUAUCGGCUCCCUCCUCCUAUGGACUGUCCAGCUGCCCUCCAUCAGCUAAUGUUAGACUGCUGGCAGAAAGACCGCAACACCCGACCACGUUUUGCUGAAAUAGUUAAUACUCUAGAUAAAAUGAUCCGAAAUCCAGCAAGCCUCAAAACUGUGGCCACCAUCACCGCCGUGCCUUCUCAGCCACUGUUAGAUCGCUCCAUCCCAGAUUUCACUGCCUUUACCUCAGUAGAAGAUUGGCUCAGUGCCAUCAAAAUGAACCAGUACAGAGACAAUUUUCUGACUGCUGGAUUCACAUCUCUUCAAUUAGUUGCACAAAUGACAUCAGAAGAUCUUCUAAGAAUAGGGGUUACUUUGGCUGGACACCAGAAGAAGAUCCUUAACAGUGUGCAAUCUAUGAGGGUGCAGAUGAGCCAGUCACCAUCUUCAAUGGCAUGACCCUCCAUGUCUUCUUACAACAUUAGGGAAAAGACGCUUGAACGGAGGGUUGGAAGUGGGAGGGGAGGGGAAGCUGACAAGAAACUGAGAUGUUUGCAGAGGUUGGAUUGUUGUCUGAGAACUUUUGGAGCCACAGGCAAAGUAUAUGCGGGACUUAUUUCUAUGUGGCAACUUCCGUUUCUCACCAACAGAAGCACACUUACUGAUGCCAUGGGAAACAGUGUAUAAAUGAGUAUAAAUAUGUAUAAACCGUAUAUUUAAAAAAACUGAAGACAAACCAAUGUGUGUUGGGUGAAAAGACUUAAAUCCCACCACCAGUGAGCAGUAGUCAAAGGGUCCAGUGGGAGAAGAGAGGUGCAACCCUGAGCAACCAUCUUCAGCGAUCAUAUUCCUUCUCUUCUUUAGUUCUCCUUCCAGAGCUCUUCUCACAAACUACUUCCCUUGUGUGUUCAUAACCCAUGGGGAAUUUUCUUCAAAAGUUACAGCUACCUAUUAGCAUAUAAAGACGCUGUUCCAUCAGUUACCAAAGGACUUCACUGACCACUGCAUGGGGGAUCCAGAAAAAUGCAGUUAAUGUCUUCAUAUUGAAGAGGAGAUGUACCUUCAAUAGAAAACCUUGUUUUUUUCUUUUGCUUGCAUUUUUUUGCAAAAAGGAAAAAAAUCCUCACUGAAAAAAGAAAAAAAGGCAUUCCCGUGAGUGUGUGCGUGUGCGCGUCUGUAUGUUGUCAACUUAACCGUGGAGUCACUCACUGCUUGUCCAUAGCAGAAGAACAAAAAAAGUGGACCUGACAGAUGAUAAAUCCCUCACCUCCAUGGAAAUCAAAGAUUCAGUGGGGGACAGAAGUGAUGUGCUUUGCUUUUCUGUCUAGAUCAACUGCACAUGGAACUUGUAAUGGGAAAUAACAAAAGGAGGAAAAUGAAUUUGUUAUUCAUAGGAAGAGGGAAGCAGAAGAGUGGAGUAUGCAACAAAGGUUUCAUGUUGAACUGUUACAGGAUGCAUAACUGUAGAGGCAACUGGACAACUGGACACAUUGACCUCCAGCAUAUCAGUGAGCUGUAUGCAACGGCUUGAGAAUCUUUAGUUUCAUUGUGUGGACCUCAGGAUUUUCAUAUGUAUUGGCUGUGAUGUCUGAGGGGCACUUUUAUGCCGCUUUUUGAUGUCAGGAGGACAUGGAACGAGGCCAGUCCUGACAGUGAAGCUUCCCACUGCAAAUCCCUCCUCUUUUUCCACUGGGAAGGUCACCAUGGCCUGAAGAAGAGCCAUCGCUUCCGACGAAGAAGCCAGACUCUUCCUUGAGGAACAGAAGCAAUAGGAGGUCUCCUGCAGUAGCCUGCACUGUCCCAGCCAACAGAGGCCCUGCCAUGUACAUAGCCAAUCAGAUGUCUGUAAAGGAUUUGCACCCUCUUGUACAUUUCCCCCCUUGCCCUUACAACUUGUUGAUUGUGUCAAAAUUGUCAGAGUUUGUAACAGUAACUUUCAGAAAAUAUUGUACUAAAAAGAAAAUUGCACUCAAUAAAAUUAUGAAAUAA